AGCUGGGGGAGAGCCUCCCGGCAUUGAAGUUGAACCAAUCCAAAAGUCCCCACUCAUGGGUUCUGACACGAAAUUACCAACAAAACAAACAGUGCCUUGUCACAUCUGAUCACAGUCCAUUUCCAUGUGCCCCCGUUGCUGCCCAGAACCACUAGGGUUUUCUCUCCCCUCCCUCAUGUCCCUAAUUUCCUGAUCGAUUCUCCUUCUCCUCUUCGAUCUUCUAUGGAUAAGCCUCACCACCUCCUGCCGGCUUCUCCCAUGGACAAGCCCUCUCUUCCCGAUGCUCAGAGACCGGACUUUGACCGUUCCCACAUGACUCUCGACUUGAUGACCGUCGAUCCCCGCCGGACUUCGGGGGAUGCCCGGGAUUCCCAGCUCCCCCCGGUCCCGCUUGCGCUUGCCCGUGUUGUGGAUGUGGCCGUGACGCAGCAUGGUAGCCUGCCCAAUAUGGAACUCAAGGUUGAUGUGAAGGCUGCGGACGGCAGCUCGGGGAAAAGAAAGCGAGGCCGGCCGGCCAGGGGUACUGCGAGGGAACCGCCAUUGAAGAAGAAUAGGGACGAGGAGGAUGUCUGUUUCAUUUGUUUCGAUGGUGGGAGCCUUGUUCUCUGUGAUCGCCGGGGUUGUCCUAAAGCAUACCAUCCGGCAUGCAUUAAGCGAGACGAGGCGUUCUUCCGCUCCAAGGCAAAAUGGAAUUGCGGUUGGCAUAUAUGCAGCAGUUGUCAAAGGGGAUCCCAUUAUAUGUGCUAUACGUGUACAUAUUCUUUGUGCAAGGGUUGUACAAAAGGCGCUGAUUAUCUGUGUGUCAGAGGAAAUAAAGGUUUGUGCGGGAUGUGCAUGAGGACUAUAAUGCUCAUUGAGAACUGUGCACAGGGAAACAAGGAAAUGUGUGAAGUGGAUUUCGAUGACAAAAGUAGCUGGGAGUAUCUUUUCAAGGUGUAUUGGUUGUACUUGAAAGAGAAGCUAUCUUUGACAUUAGAUGAGAUCCUCCGUGCUAAAAAUCCAUGGAAAGGAGCUGCUGCUACUGGUUCUAAGUUAGAAAUGCCUCAUGAAAUUCAUCUCCAUAAAGACGACAAGGGUUCUGGUUCAGAGAACUCCUGUAUAGACAUAGAAUCAAAUAAUUUAGAAAUUAACCAUUCUAAUAGACAGCCAAGGCUUCUUAAUAAGGAGGACUGCCCAAAUAUGAACACUGCAGCUGGUAACAAAGAUGCAUUGAUGGCUGAACGCGCAAAAUGGGCAUCAAAGGAGCUUUUAGAGUUUGUUUCACAUAUGAAAAAUGGGGAUGCAUCUCUCCUAUCUCAACAUGAUGUUGAGGUUCUUUUGUUAGAGUAUAUCAAGAAAAACAAUCUUUGUGAUCCUCAACAUAAAAGCCAAGUCCUUUGUGAUGAAAGGCUAGUAAAUUUGUUCAGAAAAGAGCGUGUAGGUCACUUCGAAAUGUUAAAGCUUCUUGAAUCUCAUUUUCUUUUAGAAGGUGAUGCCUCUGCUAAUAUUAUAAAGUCAGGACCAAUUGGUGAUGUUGCUCGUCAGAUGGAGGUUAAUGACAAUGAAAAUAAUCAGUCAAUUGUGGCUAAUGAUAGGAGACAUAAAACACGUAGAAGGGCUGAUGUGCUGCUUGCUAAUCCGGACGCAUAUGCUGCGAUAAAUGCUCACAACAUUAACUUGAUUUACUUGCGGCGUAAUCAGGUGGAGAAUCUAAUUGAAGAUGCUGAUAAGUUUAAAGAGAAGGUUGUUGGUUCAAUUGUGCGGAUAAGAGUCUCUAGCAGUGAUCAAAAGCAAGAGAUGUAUAGGCUUGUACAUGUUAUAGGUACCAGCAAUGUUGCUGAAUCUUACAAUAUUGGCUCAAGAACAACAGGCAUUAUGCUUGAAAUUUCUAAUUUAAACAAGAAAGAGGUCAUGAAAAUAAGUGAGAUUUCAGAUCAGGACUUCUCUGAGGAUGAAUGCAAACGGUUGCGGCAGAGCAUAAAAUUUGGGUUUUCAAAAAGAUUGACUGUGGGAGAGAUUCUGGACAAGGCACUGACACUUCAAGCAACGAGAGUUAAUGAUUUGCUGGAAGGCGAGAUACUGCAGCUUAACCAUCUUCAUGAUAGAGCAAGUGAGAAGGGAGAUAGAAAAGAGCUGAGAGAGUGCGUGGAGAAGUUGCAGUUACUGAACUCACCUGAGGAACGACAGCAAAGGCUGCCAGAAAUUCCAAAAGUAUACUCUGAUCCAAAUAUGGAUUCAAUGUUUGACUCUGAUGAAGAUGCUGAAAAGUCAGAUAAAAGGAAGCAAGAUGGCAACGUACAGCCUAAAAAUUAUGGAUUUAAUAGAAGAGAGAUGGAGCCUAGUUCUCCAAGAAGUCAGAGUGGUGUAUUGAAUGAUGUUGGAUGCGGAGCACUAGAAUUUUCGGUCGCUGCCCAUGAGCAGAUUGGGAAUACAUGUACAGUAAAGAACGAGACCAGCCCAAGUGAUGCAGCAAAUGGUGAUAGCAAUAAUUUAGUAGUGGCAAUGUCAGGGACAUCUGGUGUUGAUUCAGACGACCCAUCAUUGCCUUUCUCUACAGGAAAGGAGCAGCCAUUUAAUGAUCUUGCAACUGAUAAAAUAUGGCACUAUCGGGAUCCAGCUGGGAAGAUACAGGGACCAUUUUCUAUGCUGCUGUUGUAUAAAUGGAAUGCAAAGGGGCAUUUCCCUCCUGACCUCAGAAUAUGGAGGAACACUGAAAAACAAGAUGACUCUAUAUUGUUAGCUGAUGUAUUGAGUGGGAAGUGCUUUAAAGAUGCAUCAUUGCCAUGCAAUAGCCAGCUAUCUUUAGGGAUCAGGGCUGGACAGGGUGAUGAAGAUGAUAUUGAUUUGCCAAGUUGGACUCCAGUAACCAGUUCCUCAACUUGCAUGGAUUCAACAUCUACUAUUGUUCAUGCAACGAAAACAUCACCAAAAAGCUCACAAAUUGGUUUUCUGGAGCUGCCUGCUGAUAACUCUAAGCCAACUCAUUCAGAACAUACGGCUCAGUCUGCUGAAAAUAAACAUUCCUGGAGUACUGCUUCCAGCUUAGUUGGUGGCGGGACACCACUUCCUGAAGUGACUGUUGAGUGGAGAAGAUGUUCGCCAGCUCCACCAAAUCCUUCUGUUGAGGAUUGGGACCCCAAUCUUGUAUCUGCACCUUCAUUGAAGCCAGCUGAAACUGUUGGCGAUUGUGCUGCUACUCCAUCUUCUAUAUGUGAUCAACUAACACAUUCUUCCCCUUCCAAUGCAGCCUGUAGUACAUCCCCGUGGCAGGCAAUCAUGGAUGAACCCAAUGAUUUUGUCUUUGGUGAAACAGUUUCAGAUCUGUUGGCAGAAAUGGAGGCUCUUGCUGACUUGGAAUCUCCCACAUCGAUGAUGAAAUGUGGAGAGGAACGGACUGAGGGUUCUAAUUGUCUCAGUCCUGCAGAGGGGCUUAGCCCAAUGCCUGAUGCGGGUAAAGGCGAUGCACUGAGCUCCACAGGAGAUUUACAAUUUCCCUCUCAAUCCACAGCACCAGAGGUACUACUAUGCCAACCGGAUGUGCAUUACCAUCAAAGAAUCUCGGAAGGGCAUUCUGGCAGAAGUUCUGAAGUAGUUGGCGCGAAGAAUAGUGUUUCAGGUAAUCAAUGGAAGUCAGGUUCAGGGAUUCCAUCCACAGCAACCUGGGCAAUGCCUACAGAUACUACUUGGAGACUCGGACAAGACAGUAGUAGAAGUGGUUGGUAUGCAUCUCAGGUGAAUACAAACUUGGGCUGGGGUGGAAUGGAUAAUAAAGGAAACGCAAACACGAGUUGGGGAGCAGGACAGGGGACAGUGCACGAAAACAGGAACAUAAAUACGUACACUACCUUGGGAAGUCCAGGCUUUUUGGGGAACCAAACUAGGCAUGGCAGCGAUCGAUUUUCUCCUCGUGGUAGGGAUGUGAAUUCUGGUAGGGGUAGACAUGUUUGGAACAGGCAACCAUUUGGUGGCGGAAAUGGAGGCUCCCAAAGGCCUCCGCCCAGGGGGCAGCGAGUUUGUAAAUUUUAUGAAAGUGGGUACUGUAAGAAGGGAGCAUCAUGUGGUUACUUGCACCCAUGAUUUUUGAAUGCACAGCCAUUAGUCUCGUUUAAAUUUUUGAAGCAUUAACAUAAUGGGGAAGUUUCUCUUCCAAUUGUUGUAAUUUAACCUUCGACAGUAGCAGUCAAGUGGCAUAAUUUUUUCUAGAAGAUGGCUCUGGCAUUUUACACUCAUUUGAUUGUCCUGGUAAUUAUGAAUAGAAGGUAUUUUACACUUA